AUGCCGCUUAACGAUCAAAGGUGGAUGCAAGGUGCGGAUUUUCCAGAGGACUGUGGCUCUCAGCUUUGCGCACAAGCACGUCUCGAAUGCGCUCUGAUACCGGAUCAAAUUCCAAGGACGUUGAGGGCUGUAACCGACUCGGAGUCAAGUCGAAAUGGCCGAACUAUCGUUGUGUGCUUGGAUGGAACAGGGGACCAGUUCGAUGGUGACAAUACCAACAUUGUUCAUCUCACUAGCUGCUUGAAAAAGGAUGCCAAGUCACAGCUGACCUACUAUCAAGCUGGAGUCGGGACAUACAGCACAAAUGGACUGAUUACCGGCUUUGUAUCUGGCAUCGACGCGGCUAUUGGCAGUUUCUUAGGACUACACCUCCGCGACGCCUACAGCUUUAUUGUUCACAGUUACAAAGAGGGUGACAAGAUCUGUCUGUUCGGGUUCUCCCGUGGCGCGUACACGGCGCGCUGUCUGGCUGGUAUGAUACAUAAAGUAGGCCUGUUACCACCGCGCAACGUGGCCCAGAUACCCUUCGCAUACGAGAUAUACAAGAACGACAGCCCGGCAGGGUAUAAAACAAGUGCGGAGUUCAAGAAGACGUUUUGCAACAACGUUGAUGUUUAUUUCCUUGGCCUCUUCGAUACAGUCGACAGCGUUGGUCUCAUGCCACGCGAACUACCUUUCAAUGCUGGAGCAAAGGACAGAUGUCGCUUCUUCAGGCAUGCGCUUGCGCUGGAUGAGCGUCGGGCGAAGUUUCAAGUCCGUCAGUACUACGGCAUACACGACUGGGCAAGGAAGCCGUGCAAUCUUUAUGAUAUAGUCCGAUCUAUCGUUCGUACUUUGGGAGCAGCGCCUCCUCCGGAAGCCGAUACGGUUGAAGCUCAACUGGAAAGUCCCGAGCAGCCGCAAUAUCACGUUAAGCAUUCUGGUGUGAUCACGCAUCGCCCUGACACCGAUGUUCUGGAAGUUUGGUUCGCAGGUCAUCAUUCUAACGUAGGGGGCGGAGCAUGGCCAAAUGCAGAACGUCAUAAGAUGUCAAAUAUUCCGCUCAGGUGGCUGAUUCGACAAUGUUUUGAAUGUAACACUGGUAUCAUUUUCAACACAGACGCUUUGGCGGAGCAGGGCAUUGACGUACAUCUUUUGUGGCCUCGCUACCAACCUCUCCAGGUUCCUACGAUGGAGUCAUCACCUUUCUUGCUGGAACAGUACAGCAUAGGCUUGCCGCCGAAGUCAAAGCGAUCACAAGCUUUGAAACCUUUCGAAAGACACAAGAAGAAGCACGGCUUCUACUCCUUGGAAUCUCUCAAGACACUUCUCCAAGAUUCGAGUACCGAAUGGCUGCCUGAACAAAUUGAGGACUGUUUCGACGCUCUUGCUGCAGACUAUAACGCCUUGCAAAUGAAAAAGCUAUGGUGGAUCCUAGAGAUUUGGCCAGUUCAGUUCAAUGUUUGGAAUAGACUCAGAGGUGCCUGGGAAAGCUUCUGGGGCUUGAAUUUGGCACAACCUCGUCCUGUUCACGGCGCACAGCCAUUACUGCACUGGACCGUCCGAUAUCGCAUGCUAAAUCUCGGUAUUUCUAGCCCGGCACGCAUGCAAGAUAACGCGGUCUGGAAAAUUGUGGCAUGA